UCGUCCUUCCUAGUCAUGAUUCCGACACUCGAAACAAUGUUCCAAAGCACCUUCUCUUGGUCCCUCAUCACUGGUUUCCUCUCAACGCUACUCGCUGCUCUUGCUAUCUCCUUCAACUACUGGCUUGUCCCCGGGGGGUUCGCAUGGAGAAAACAUCAGAACCGUUACAAACACCAUGCAAAACUCUCUGGUCCAAUGGGCUGGCCCGUAUUAGGGACCCUGCCUGAAAUGGGCUCUCUGGCCCAUACAAAACUUGCUUCCAUGGCCACUUCCCUGAAAGCAAAGAGGCUCAUGACACUCAGUUUGGGAACCAACCGAGUUGUUAUUAGCAGCCACCCGGAGACCGCGAGAGAAAUUCUUUGCGGGUCAGGCUUCUCAGACCGACCCGUUAAAGAAUCGGCAAGAACGCUGAUGUUUGAGCGAGCCAUCGGAUUAGCUCCAUAUGGGACAUAUUGGCGUCACCUUCGUAAGGUGGCGACCACGCACAUGUUCUCUCCGAGGAGGAUUUCUGAUCUGGAGAGCCUCCGACAGAGAGUGGCGGGUGAUAUGGUGAGGAAAACGUGGAAGGAGAUGGAGAUGAAAGGGGUGGUGAAGGUUCGAGGGAUAUUGCAUGAAGCGUCCCUGAGUACCAUGUUGGAGAGUGUUUUUGGGAUCAAUAAUAAUUGUAUAGAAUCAGAAAGAGAAAAGAUGUUGGGAGAUAUGAUCAAGGAAGGGUACGAGUUGAUUUCCACGUUUAACUGGGAAGACUAUUUCCCCUUCAGGUUUUUGGACUUUCAUGGCGUGAAGAGAAGGUGUCACGGAUUGACGACUAAGGUUAAGAGUGUGGUUGGUGAGAUUGUGGAAGAAAGAAAAACAUGUGAAAAGCUGGUUGGGCAGACUGAUUUUCUCAGCGCUUUGUUAUCGUUGCCGGAAGAAGAACGAAUAGGUGAAUCAGAUACAGUAGCUAUCUUAUGGGAAAUGUUGUUCCGGGGAACAGACACGGUUGCUAUUCUUUUGGAAUGGAUUAUGGCCAUGAUGGUUGUACACCAAGAUGUUCAGAUGAAAGCCCGCCAAGAGAUUGACACGUGCAUUGGCCGGAAUAGUCACGUGCGAGACUCUGACAUUCCGAAUCUCCCUUACCUUCAAGCCGUAGUGAAGGAGGUGCUUCGGUUGCACCCACCGGGCCCAUUGCUUUCAUGGGCUCGUCUCGCGACCCAUGACGUUCACAUUGACAAAGUCCUGGUGCCUGCAGGCACAACUGCAAUGGUUAACAUGUGGGCCAUAUCACACGACUCAUCGAUCUGGAAGGACCCAUGGGCCUUCAGGCCCGAACGAUUCAUUGAUGAACAAGUGUCCAUCAUGGGGUCAGACAUGAGACUUGCACCGUUUGGUGCGGGACGUAGGGUGUGCCCUGGCAAAACAUUGGGCUUAGCCACGGUUCAUCUGUGGCUUGCAGAGUUUCUUCACCGAUUCAUAUUGGUUCCGGCGCAACCUGUGGAUCUUUCAGAAUGCCUUAAGCUCUCUCUGGAAAUGAAAAAACCAUUACAGUUCAAAGUGAUCCCUAGGUACUCUUGAUCACAACUUGGUAAAUCCAUGCACAAUAAAGGUUAUUGUUGUCCAAAACAAAAAACAAAACAAAAAAGUGUUUCAUUGAGGUGGAGUUGGAAGUUAUGAAACGCUAUGAAAAAAAAAAAAAAUAAGUACACAGUACAAGUUGAGUUUAAGGAAGUCGAACAUA